AUGACAUUUUCUCGCGAUCUUCUUAUUCAAAAACCCCGAUUCCUUUCUAUAAUAAAGUGCCAAAACCGUUGUCUCGCAACUGUUGCGGAGCCAAUGAGACGAUUGACGAAGCGAAUAGUACCAUUUCUUUUUUGUCCUGAGCAGCUAGAAUCGUUUAUAGAACUGAAACGUAGGCUUGGCCAAGCGGAAACCUUGAGUUUUUUCGAUCGAGACGCGAAGACCAAGAUUGUUUGUGACGCAAGUCCAGUUGGGCUAGGGGCAAUUUUACUACAAGAGCACAAAGGAGAGGAUCGAGUCAUUUGUUAUGCCAGCAGAGGUCUUACCGAGGUCGAAGGACGAUACUCGCAGACUGAACAAGAGCCCUUAGCAGUGGUGUGGUCGUGCGAAAGGUUCUACUUCUACGGAAGACAGUUUGAACUGUGA